AUCUUUUGUUGAUCUCACCCUCAUCCAUGCCUCGCGCCGGGCAGUCUCAACCACUCUACGCCGACGACUCAGACCCUGAAUCCGAGAAAGCCACAUCGAAACAGACCAAGGCGCUCAGGAAACGUCUCAGCGAUGUGCACGAUGUCAGCUUUGCCGAUUCUCCGCCGCGCUUGAAACGGCAGGCGAACGAUGAUACAGCAGAAAAGCGGAGAAGGAGGAAGAGCACAAAGAUCACCGUUAUUGACAAUGCGGAGGCAGGGCCCUCGGGCGAUGCCCUGGUGGAACGUGACGCGGCAGAUACGUCGCGUAAACAGAGGCAGCCCCUUAAUUCAGUGGCGGCGCCUGUGGUCGAGCCGCCCGUGCUGGAAAUCUUGAGCUCGAAUUUUGACGAAUGGAUGAAAAUGGCGACAGAUAAUAAAAUCAACGCCGGAAACUCGUGGAACUUCGACCUCAUCAACUACUUCCACGACAUGUCUCUGCUAAAGAACGAUGAUGGAAUGUCUAUCAACUUUCAGCGCGCGUCCUGUACUCUCGAUGGGUGUGUCAAGAUCUGGACGAGCAGAGUGGAUAGCGUGGGUACCGAGACGGGCAAGCUCUUGAGCAAUCUUGCCAAUGACGGUAAUGAUGAGGACGAGGACGGGAACGGCUCGGACAACCCUGAUGAAGAGACUACGACGAAGAAGAAGAAAUCUCACCGUCCGGCCGCAACGCUUGCGAAGGAGCCUGGUCAGCUCCGGAGCAAGAAGCUGGACUUGGAGUUCAGCGUGGACCCAUUGUUCAGGAAAACUUGCGCUGACUUUGACGAAGGAGGCGCACAAGGUCUCCUCAUGAACCAUCUUAGUCUCGGCAUCGGAAGGCAAAACAACUUGCGCGUCAUUUUCGACUCGGGAGAUGCUGCCGUUGACGUCGAUGAAGUCGACGACGAGCAGGAGCCAGAGGAUCUCAUUGACCUGACUGAAAUGCGCAAGUCGUUCUUUCCGGAUCUGCAGGUUCUUGAGACGAAAGCUAUUGCUCAUUCCCUGGCGGAUUUUUCGUUCGACAAGUCGGCGUCCAAUGUGGGCAAUGAGACGACAUUUUUCCAGGACGACACCCACCACUUCGAUGACGACGACGAAAACGACGGGGGUUCUCCUGCAUUCGCCAUGGAUGACGACAACGGAGGACCGGUGGACUUUUUUGCCGGAGACGACGCCGUCCACGACGAUCUUGACGGUCACCUCGGUGGGGAUGACUUCGGGAACGACCAUCAAUCGCAAGGAUCGGGCCUUGCCGAUGAGCAGAGGGCGGAAGGGCCCAUGGGCGUCAUGCCCUUCGACCCGAGGCGGCCUUCUAAUGAUUUCGUCUUGGCCGAGGGUGAAGAUGGCGCCAUGGAGUACUUUAAUGACAGUCUCGCCAAGAAUUGGGCUGGGCCGGAACAUUGGAAGAAGCGAAAGCCAAUGCGCAGAUGUGAUUAUCCUGCAUCUGUGGCCGAGCCGCCCUAAUCUUUCGAAUAGUGGAUGCCGCAGAGACUGCCGCCAAGCAGCCCAGGGCGCGCAAAGAGCGGAAAGAGCCACCAAAGAUCGAUUUCUUCAAACAUCUGGAUAAGGACCUCAAGCAGCUCACGGAGGAGUUGUUUGCUAGUGGUGGCAAGAACGCAGGUAUUAAUCUGGCUGGGACCAAGGGCAAGAAGAAGGGCAAAGAAAAGGAAAAGAAGAAAGACAACCAUCUUCUGCCUGACGACAUCCACUUUAGCAGCCGACAGUUGGCCUCGCUGUUUCUGAAACCCAAGUUCCAGCUCAAGAUGCGAGGUCGGAGGGUGAGAUACAAUGCUGAUGGUGAAGAAGUGGACGAGAAUUUCUGGGCCCAAGCUGCUGCUGAUCAGGCAGCGGGUCGGCAGGCCAAUGACGAUGACGACAGCGGAGCACCAGCCCCGUUUACCACGCAGUUCUUUAACGACGAUUAUGAUGAUGGUCCGGGCUUCGAUGACUUUGAUGGAGACGGGGACGGGCCUGCAGCGCCCGAAGCCGAUGCAGGGGAAAGCGAUCUGCUAGCCGAAAUGCAAGGCGCCACUCGACGCGCCAAACCUCAGUUUGUCAACUAUGCCAAGCGAGCCAAGCGAGUCGACGUCCGCAAGUUGAAAGACAACAUCUGGAAAGGUCUGGACAUCACCAUCGCCAAAAGCACAGAAGACCCGGAGAGCAUGGUUGUGGAUGAGCCUCCGCCUACAAAUCCAUCUGAGGCUCGGGUUUUCAGCUCUGUCAUCUCCGGUCUCCAACGCUCGUAUCCCAAGGACAAGAUGGAGGAGAUCAGCACCAGUUUCUGCUUCAUUUGUCUCUUGCAUCUAGCCAAUGAGCAAGGUCUGAAGAUUGAAACGGGAUCGGAAGGGAAUGUACCAGAUGCCGGGACUAACAAAGUGGGAGAUCUCUGGGACCUGAAGGUCUUCCGGGACCCAAACGCUACCCAAGCAGCCUGAUCCACCCAUCUUGACAUGCAGUGCCGCUAACCACCUCUAUGUAUCUCGUAUAUAUGCCACUAUUUGUUGCUCCAUGGAGAAUGUACACAAGCACAACAAAUUUAUUCAGAGAACGAAGGGUUGGUAAUGUUACAACCACACUAGCUGUGGUAAAGAUACGGCAAAGGGCAAGGUAAAUCAGACCCACGACUCCCACAAUCGUUCGUAACGCUCUUGAGCACGUUCAUUCAGCUGUCGGAACUCUAGCACAGCUUCUUCAGGGAGCUCAAGAACUCCUGGGUCCGGCGAAUAGGCGCGGAGGAUCUCUGCAGGUGGGAACACGGUGAGGAUGUCUGCAGUCGCGAUGCGCGCUUUGGGGACAUCUGUGGCGAGGAAGACGCGGUCGGUUCCGAACGGGACAAACGUGUAGACGUCCAGAAGACGCUCCCGGCAGGUAUGCGAGCGGGCGGCUUGAACUACCAUCACUUUGUGCGCCACGAUAGCCACGCCAAUGCUCCCGUCCCUCAGCAUGAUGCCUCGUAGAAUAUGGAAACGCGCGGAAUCAGAGCGGGUUCAUUAGUUGCAUACCCGAAUUCUUAUGAAUGGGGUCGGCAACGCAUUGUUCCCGAUGCAGCAGGCUGUUGUUCUCGAAAUGGUAUCCGGCCAAGCGCGCGAAGCAGACUCUGACUAUGCGAGCUUCAUAUACCGCCAAGAAUGGACAUCCUACAAGCAACUGAAAUUGCAUGAGGGUACGGUAUGGAUGGUUUAAGCUGUUCAUACCGUGCCCAUAGGAUAACCGGAUCCUUCAGCUUCAGGGUUUAUACUUCCAGGAUUCCUUACACGGUGCACUACUGCGCAAUAAGUACCGUGGAAAUCCACGAAUUUGAAGCGACAUCCUACUUACAAGUACUUGAAGCGAAGCAGACCCGGAUCGCCCGGCCCGAUCCACACCUAUCAAUCACACAUCACACGAUGACUGAUCGGGCUGGCCAGAAUUGUUCGUGGACUGAACGAUGAACACACCAACAGCUAAAUCAACUUCGUCUCGACCGCUCGGCCGCUUCGCGCUUCACUCCACAACGACAUGCGCGACGCAAGCCUCGGCGUACGGAAAAUGCAUACUUGCCGUCUACACAGAUGUAUCGAAGGACGCGUGCCAGGAUGAGUUUGCAAAGUUUGGCAAGUGUAUGCGGGAUGCCAUGGGUAAGAAGUGGUGACGCCUAGGUAGGCUGACGGGGUCUCGGCUAUGGGCACCGCACCCACUUCGUCCACAAGGCACAGCAUCGAGCAUAAUUAAGACGUGUCGAUUGGAAAGGUGGAGGACAGCAAUGCAAAUGUAAAAGUACAGCGCCACGCCAGGUGGACAGCGAGAUGUCUGGAUUGUAUAUACUGGAGUGACUCAGAGCGGGCGCAUCAAUCUCAAGUGUGGUUGCCAGCUGCCCAUUGAUACAUGGUGAAUGCUGACAAGAAUCAAGUCCUCCAGCUUGAUUUGGCUGUGACCUGUACCCACUCUCCACCGAGGAUCCGCAUCGUCUUCCAGAGGUUGCGUUUGUCGCUCCUGCCCCAGGUUUCAGAACGAAGAGCGAGCAGCUGAUCAGAAACAGACCUGGAUGAAGCGUUGAACGCAUUUGGCGACAUUUUUGGCGAGUUUGGCGCGAGUGAUGGGUCCUGGAGGACUGCGGAAGUCUUUGGUUGGGAUUUGGCGACUCCAUUGCCUGUAGCCUGGCCACUAAGGGAUCCAGGUGAGGACUAGGAGACUGUGUCAAACAGGGAAGACAAACCUCGAGCCUGAUUGAGACACUGGG